AUGAAGGGACUCCGCUUCCUCGUUGUGUUCUUGGUGCUCUCCGCCUCUCUGCUGUGCGGCACGGGCGAGGCGGCCCGGAGUCGGACCAGCAACCAGAACAGCUUCCGCCGGGCAGCGAACGGCAUCUACCAGACCCUGAGCAGCGUGUUCGGAGAGGACAACAUCAGGGGCUUCUAUCAAUUUUUCUCCAAAACAACGGAGCGGUUUGUCCAUGGAGUCGACUCUUUUCUGGACACCAUCUGGAAGAUCUGGUCAGAUCUGCUGGAUGUGAUGGGAAUCGACUCUUCAAACCUGAGCCACUACUUCAGCCCGACUUCUCUCACCAACUCUCCGGCACGCGCCCUGCUCCUGGUGGCUGCCGUGCUCCUGGCCUACUGGUUCCUCUCCAUGUUCCUGGGGGGUUUCUUCUACCUGCUGCACGCCGUGUUCGGCCGCUUUUUCUGGCUAGCUCGCGUCACGCUCUUCGCCCUGUCCUGCCUCUACAUCCUGCAGAAGUUUGAGGGCGACCCGGAGCGCGCCGUGCUGCCGCUGUGCUUCAUCAUGGCGGUGUACUUCAUGACGGGGCCCGUGGGAGCGUACUGGCGUCGGGGGGGCGGCGCAGGUUCACUGGAAGAGAAGAUUGACCACUUGGACACUCAGAUCCGGCUCCUCAACAUCAGGCUGACUCGUGUGAUCGACAGCCUGGAACGCACUGCGGAUCAGUAGACUCAGGUGGCGGGGGAGAUGAGGGGGAAGGGAGGGUUUAUUGUAAUAAUGGCUGCGUUUGAUGUCAGAAUGCUGUUUUCCUGCGGACAUCUCGAGCAACACAACCUCUGGGUAUUUACGUCUCUAUUGUCAGAAGGGGGACAAAACUAAAACCAUAUUUUAAAGGCAUGAUUUUAGUUGCAAAAAGCCAAAAACAUCCUCAGAGGUGUGGACAGGUAACCUGGAUCUUACUCAAAUCAAACAAACACGUUUUCUUUUUGGUCUUUUUGAAGCUUCCAAAGGUGUCAGCUUCAUUGAUUAUCUGAGAAAUGUCCAUGCUUUUCUCAUUUCUGCCCUAAUUCUACACCUCUGCUACUUUUUAAGUAACUUCAAAGUGUGAGAAUAAGCAUAUGUUAUGUAUGUUUGUUUAUCCUCAUGAAUAACCUGGAGUUUACAAUUCUUACACAGGUUCAUCCACAAACAUGUUUCCCACUUUUUGAAAGUACGGAAGUAGGAGAGGGGUUGGGUGUAUGAUGCAGGGGACGGAUACAAAACCUGUAUUUAUGAUGUGUUAAAAUCCUCAAGGGGGUGGAUAGUUGUCCACAGUAAGAUUUAUUUAUUCCAUUUCCAUAUAAAUUGUUGGAAUCAUGUAAAAUUAGUCUGUUUCAUGAAGUCUCAGUUGUGUAGUGACAGUAGUUGACAUCAGGACCUCCUUUUCUUGUAUGAAUGGGACGACCUACGCGUGCAAGUGUGUGUCAAGCUUGUGAAAUGGAAAAGCACUGUAUCAAAGAGUGGCCAUCAGACUGGGAGAGAUGCAGACAGACAGCAAUAUCUCAGGGACUCAACCAACGCAUAGAUUUGGAAAUGAGACAAAGUUUAUUAAAAUCAUGUCUUGGUCUCAUUGAGUCACGUGACAGUUUUUUCACACGGUUGCAAAUCUGUCUCGGUAUCUUAACAAUGCUUGUGUUUUUGCAUCGCGCUGAUAUUGUAAAAUUUGAUUUAUAUCUGGGGUCAAGACCAAGCCGAGCGUUUCAUUCAUCAUUUCAGUACUGGCAUAGAUCUACUGUACUGCAGUUCUAACAUUUAAAUAGGGAAAUAGCAUUUUUUAUAUUUAAUGUGUGAAUCCACAAUCAGAUUAUCCAUAGAAGUGGUCUAGAAAAAAGUAUUUAAGUCAUUUGGAGUUUCUUCACACUGGCUUGAAAUGAAAUUCAUCUUGUAGGAUUGGAUUUUUAGUCGGGAUCAAUUUCGUAACUUGAUUACAGAUUAAGGUCUAAUGUAUUUGAUAUGUGGGCAAAACCCCAGAGAAUUUCUAUUGCAAAACUCCACUUGACCCUGCUGUAGAAGCAAUGUACUUUAUUCUAUAUAAAUCAUGAUAUCGCUCAUAUAUGAUAAUUUCUCCAAUUAACAAUUUAAUGAUUAGAUCUGAUUGAUUUACACAGUAUAUUAUUGUUAAAAACUGCUUGAGCCAUGCGUCUGGUGUGUGUUCGUGUAGCCCUUCGUUUUAGCUUGAUGGGCCUUUUUAUAAAUCUAUUACAUCUGCCGUUAUUUUUUAUAUUUCUCAUCCUGCAUUUUCAUAAGAGACUGUGCCCUGUUUUUUAAACUGUUUUGCUCUCCAUCCACCAUCUCUUAUUAUCGUCAUCCUUACUCCCUCAUGCACACUUUAUAUAAAUGUAUAGAAUCUGCACUCUGUAAACAUGUGCUUUUAUACAAAUGACUCUAAUGCUGUGCAACUGUGGGAGAAAAACCAAAUGUUGUCAGUGAUGUUGCAAGAUGACGCCACUUUUGAAAGAAAAAACGUAUUUAUAAUCUCGACAUUCGGAUUAACAAACACUUUAUUAAAUAUUAGUAUAUGUGAGGUGCUGUGGGAUUAGGAUGUAAGGGUGCAAUGGUAACAUAGUUUUUGGGAGAUGGAGGGUGUUGCAUCGCUGUAAAACGAGGUACAGACAUGAGUUUUGGCUUUUUCUCAGCAUAUCCUGAUAUUACCAUACAUGUGGUUUUUCAUGUGUUGAAUCCAACUUCUGAUUGUCAUUACACUGUAGCAUUAAGGUUACUUGCCAGUAAGAUUCUUUCUUAAUUAGAGAAACAUUUGAACGCAUGUUAUCUUACUGUGUAUCAGUUGUUUGUAGUUUUUCUCAUUAUAACACAAACACGUCCAGUUUGUCCCCUGCAGUAAACCACCCCAGGUAUCUCCAUACUAGCCAAAGUAAUCUGGGAUUUUAUUGCAUGCUGUUUUGAUGCCUAUAACGUUAUGUUUCAUGAUGUAAAUGUUGUGACUGCCUAGGUAGAGAGCCCUCCGGAAAUGUGAUUUUUGUGAUGUGAUGAAGUAGUCGGAUGUUAAAUACAAGAGGGGUUUGUUUUUUAUUCAGUCUUUAUUUUCCUGUCCUGUAACAUUUGUACCAUUCAGACCAAACUCACAUGUACAAGACCGUCAGCCCUCGGAAUUCUUCUCUCAUUCCAUCAUCAGUCAAGCUGAUAAUUAUACGAUCACAAACAUGUUGACUCAUUUUAAAAUGUGUAAACUGAAUGUAGUUUUUGUUCCUCCUCUCUUAUUUUGAAGAGGAGAACCUGACCUGAGAAAGGGGCUCGAGCCUGGUCACUUUGUAGUGUGUGGUUACACCAACAGUCUGUAGCCAAUGACCUGUGUAUGUUUAACAAAGGACCGAAUCUGUGAACUAUGAAGGUGUUCAGCGAUUAGAUGUAAUCAUGUGUAGUCAGGUGAUUUUAAAAAAGGGGUUCAGGGAUUUCAAUCAUGUAAUACUGAACCUCAGUUUGUACAGAAUCUCAUUAGAUUCAGGAUUUGGAGAUGUUAAUAUCGAAACUGUUUAAGAAAAAAAGA